AUGUAUUACUGGAGAGAAGUGAUUUAUGAAGAUCUUCCAUACGAUGACAAUUAUAUGAUCGGAAAAUAUCCAUAUCAUAUACCAGCUAACAAUGAUAUCCUUGCAUUGGGAUACCAUGCUCAAAGUGAAUUAAUGUUAGCUACAGUUGGGCGUAUUCGUCCUGGAGUUCCAUCAACACUCAAUGCCUUUUGCGUGUCUGAUUAUGAAAAGGGCACGAGCCCCCAUAUUUGGGGCUUUCCUGACUACGAAAGGAACACCUUGAAGACGUCAUUUUAUGGUGACAGAGACGAUGCCCGGCUUCUAAGGAGAAAAAAUAAAUAUUCCGCUGGAUAUUUUAAUCAUUUCUACAGCAAUUAUGCAACUCCACAGAACUCUAAAGAGGAUUUCAGUCUUAUAGAAAUUUACGGUCCUUUAGUGGACAAUCGUUGUAACCGUCUAUUCGUCAUUGACGUUGGAAUCAUCCGCUAUGGCGCUACGGAAGUCUAUCAACCACAGAAUCCAGCACUAAUUGUCUUUGAAUUGCCACCCCAUGGAUGCGAAACCCGAAAAUUCCCAGUGAUCCGACGUGUUGAACUUCCCCAACACGUUUGGAAGAAUCCUUUAGGCUACAUGUUCAAUACCUUGGAUUAUAAGCCGAAAGGAACUUGUGAUGAUGUUUUUAUGUACUCCAACAGUCUCUUUGACAAUAACCUCCUCGUAUAUGAUUACAAAAAUAAUGAAUUCUGGGCUUUCGAUCACCCCUCAAUGCGACCUAUCACUGUUGAAUCUAACCUUUUCUUGGCUCCGGAUUACCAGUGGCAACUUCCAAUGGGAAUUGUGAAUGUGGCUCUUGGAUGGCCAGAUAAAAAGGGCAAUCGGAAUGCUUACUAUUUCCCAGGAGCAAGUACAGGAGAAUAUGUUGUAUCAACCAAAGUCUUAAAGGAUCGAAAACGAGCCCCUAUAAACUACCAUCCUGAAGACUUUUCCCUAAUUGCAUACCGUGGAUGUGAAUCACAAGCCAUUAAGCAAGUGUUUGAUGAAGAAACUGGUGUGAUGUUUUUCGGUGAGAUGCAAUCAAAGAGAGUCCGAUGCUGGAAUACCCAACUACCCCUAAAUCCUGAUACGAUAGGGACUGUAUUUGAAUCAGACAUCAUUCCUUUUAUUGCAGACCUCUUCAUAGAUCCAUAUGGAUAUCUCUGGUUUCAUUCUAAUCGUCUUCCUCUUAUGUUCACAAGGUAUAAGAACUAUGAAGUGGAAGAAAUGUACUACUGGCGAGAUGUGCAUUACGAGGGCUUACCUCUCGAUGGUAAAUUGAGGAGCCCGGAGCAUGAACUGGGUUUACAUUUUGCACGAGCCAAAGCUGCGUUCCCAUUUUAA